AUGAUUAUUUCCUCCUGGAAUAUCAGAGGGCUUAAUAGCCCUCUGAAGCAGCAUAAGGCCGUAUGUUUCAUGAAAAGAAAUAAAGUUGAUGCUAUGUGUUUUUUGGAAACAAAGUUCAAUUGCAGUAAGCUCUCCUUUACGCACAGAUUGAGGCUAAGAGAUUGGAAAUUUCUUGACAAUACCAAUGUUGCUGCUAAUGGAAGAGUUGUUGUUUUCUGGAAUCCUUCAAAAGUUACAACCGAGUAUAUUGACUCUUCUGCUCAGGCUCUCCAUGUGAAGCUCACUGAUCUUGUUGACCAAAAGAGUUUUUUAGCUACUUUUGUUUAUUGGUUUAAUACUAUCACUACUAGAAGGAGUCUCUGGGAUGAUUUAAAAAGAUGGUGUCCUAGUGACUCCUGGAUUCUCUCUGAUCUUAAUUACUUUGGUUGUUACUACUCCUGGUCUAAUGGCAAAAUCUGGUGUAAAUUGGAUAGAGUUCUUGUUAAUCCUGCUUCGUGUUCUUUGUUAUUGCCUUGUAAUGUUCAAUUUUUAAAUGUUGGUGCUCAUUUUGAUCAUUCUCCUGUUAAAAUUUUGAUUGGUACUCUGUUAAGCAGAGGAAAUAGGGCUUUUAAAUUCUUCAAUAUGUGGACUGAGCAUGACCAGUUCUUGGAAGUGGUUAAUUCACACUGGCACCAGUCUAUGCAUGGCUCUCCUAUGUUCAGGCUUUGUAAAAGGCUUAAGAGACUGAAGGGUCCUCUGAGGGAUUUGAACAUGAAGCAUUUUAGUCAUAUUUCAGAGAGAGUGGACACUGCAGCUGCUGCUUUAGAUUACCAUCAAUCUUUACUGCAUCAUGAUUUGGAUAAUCUGCACUAUAUCGGAAAGGAGGGGGAGUUGAGAACUACUCUUCUGAAUCUUCAGAGUGCUGAGAGGAAAUUCUUCUCUCCGAAAUUGAAGCUCUAG